GAUUUUUAAAAAGCAUGGGCAUUUCUUAAAGAUAAGGUUGCAGUGGCCUAUUUCAUGGCGGCAUGAGGGAGCCUCACUGUUCUUUGUAAAGGAACCAUCUUUAGAUGAACUUUCACUGCAUUGGAGUAACCAGUUGUCACCUGAGACCAGUCUCUGUGGACCACAUCACCAUGGCACCACCUUCACUUGAUACCAGAGGAGACUUGUUGUCUCACAGUGGAGCCAUUCAGAAGGUGACGUGCAUGAAGACUAAAGCAGAGAGAUGAACUGGCCCUCCAUGUGGAAGUAGAUAAGAAACUUUUCGCUUUGUGAUUGUGGAAAAAUGUCUUCGGGUUACAACAGUCUCUUUUCAUUUCUAGGCUCAAGCGCGUGUCUUAAAAACUGCAGUCAGCUGAAUGGGAGAAAGUGGCAUAAAGAAAGGUGUCCAAACAGGAAUGUACAAAAACACUGCUGCAACACAAGAUGUCUGAAAUGGCCUCGUGUUACAAGUUUGUCCCAGUCGUCCUCAUUUAUGAUAUUGACUGUGCUCGCCAUGCUUUUUCUCAAAGCAAAUGUGACAGCAGCAAUGAAAGUGACCUCUAGUGGGCCACAAACUAUUCAGAUGGCUCAAGGGGAUCCGGUUACACUAGACUGCACCUACACGUCAAGUCAAGCAGACAUCGGCGAGCUUGACAUUGAGUGGUCAGUUGUCAGCCCAGACACCACAAAAAAAGACCAGAUGAUCAUAUCAUACACAGGUGGAAGGAAAUACACCCAUGGUGACUCUGAUAUAAUGAAAGGUGUGGGCUUCACAGCUACAGACCCUUCCCAGGGAGACGCAUCCCUGUCGAUCGCCUCACUGACUGCCAGUCAUGCUGGAACGUAUCAGUGCAAAGUCAAAAAGGCACCUGGAGUGGACAGCCGGAAAAUAUCACUGAUUGUGAUGGUGAGGCCAUCUGUGCCGAAGUGUUGGGUUGACAGUGGUGAAGCCGUGGGUGAACCAGCAUCUCUCCGCUGCAGGUCAGAUGAAGGCACCGCUCCUCUGCUGUAUUCAUGGAAGAGAGAGAGUGGAGGGCCUGUUCCUCCAGAUGCCAUUCAGAACUCAGUCACAGGAGAACUUCUGAUCAGUAAUCACUCUGUAAGCCACUCCGGUGUCUAUUCCUGUGAAGUUUCCAAUGCUGUUGGGAAAGAGAGCUGUCGGCUUAACCUUCAAGCUGUGAAGCCUCCUAACAGAGCAGGGGUCAUCACGGGAACAGUUGUUGGAUGUUUACUGCUCAUCAUGAUCGUUCUGAUCAUUAUAUGGCUUCUCAUCUUCAAAUGUAACUUGAAUCGACAUGAGAAAGAGUUCUCCAAUGAUAUUAGAGAGGAUGCUCCUGCACCUGAGAGUCGCCCCACCAGCCGAAUCUCCAGCUUCCGUUCAGGUGUGGCCUACAGCCAGGUGGGCCAAACCCAAAAUGAGCAUCCGCCCUCCACUAACACCAGCUACAGCACUGCAAAAUAUGACAGCAGGUUUGGUUAUGCUGUAUGAGAGACUAGUCAUACUUGUACUAUAGAUUGUCAUUGGUUUGCAGUUUACUAAAAGAAUGACCUUUUAUUGGAUUUGAUCAUGUUGCAAGAUACAAAAUCGAAUCAAAAUGUUGUGUAAUGUAAUUGUGUAAUUAUACAGUAGAAGGAUAAAUGAUGUCUCGGAUUAAUGAUGCACAAUCAUGUAAGGUGAUAUUGGUAGAACUCUUAUCAAGGCCUAAAUUCAAUAUUUGUGUGUGAGGAGCUUCCAUUACUGAUGUUUUGUUAAGUUGAUGUAAAUAAAUAUAUAAAUUGUAUUUGUUUUUCAACGAUAUUUGGAUGUUGAUGGUAAUGAUUAAACAUUAUUAAGAAGCCAUUCAAAUGUAAUGACAAAAAUAAAUCACAAAAGAGGUUUAUUUUGA